GCACAAGCAUCAUCCAUGCCGCGUUCUUUGCUGUCGGCGCAGUUGUUGGCGGAGGCGUCGCUGCCGCCGUCACCAGUAGCAAGCGGCGCGACACGAGUCUGCCUUCUUCCUCCAAUGCAGCACAGACCGUACCUGCGCCUACCAUGGGCGCGAAAACGGUCGCCAUAACGCCACCUGUGGUGAGCGUUGGACCUACAGGUAGCGCGAAGAUCUUGAACGCAGGGGCCGCUGCUGGUAUCCUAGAGCCCGUCUUGAAGUACGGGAACCCAGGCCCCAUAUCCGACCAGCUCAUACGCAAAGCGUACGUUGCUGCGUAUGACAGAAGACUCCGGCAUCCGGCAUGGACUGCUGAGCAUCUUACCUUAGCGUCCCUAGGCAAGUCCCUCGUGGACGGGCCAAUCGCGGACUCGGAAACAGGAGACCGCUCGCGAUCUGUAUUCAAGGAGGACGAGUCAAUACCCAGCGCUUUCCGCGCGAAACUCUCGGAUUACUUCAGGAGCGGCUACGACCGGGGUCAUAUGGUCCCUGCUGCAGACGCUAAAAUAUCGCAAGAGGCUAUGGACGAAACCUUCUUGCUCACCAACAUCGCCCCGCAAGUCGGCGCUGGUUUCAACAGGCACUAUUGGGCAUAUCUAGAGGACUGGUGUCGUAGGCUGACGACAUCGUUCGCCGACGUCUACGUGUUCACCGUACCGCUUUACCUCCCCAAACUUGAUCCGGACGGCAAAUGGCGUGUGCACCACGAAGUGAUCGGCUCUCCACCGAACGUCGCCGUGCCCACGCACUUCGCCAAGGUAGUCCUCACCACUAAGCCCUCCUCUCCCGCGACCCCGGACGUUCUGGACGUGUCGACGGGCGCAUUUGUCCUGCCCAACGCCGAAAUACCAGAUUCCGCGCCUUUACAGAGUUUCGUCAUGCCUGUCGAAGCGGUCGAGCGCGCCGCCGGACUAACGCUAUUCUCCGACGAGAUCAAAAAGGAGGCGAAGCACAUCUGCAAGACGACGCAGUGCUCGGUCAUUGUCAGGCGGUUCGACGAUGCGCAGAAAAGGCCGGAUAUCAAACGGGCCAUAUCGUCGCCUCGGUAGCCUCUGUUACUCCCUAACACGACGACGACGACGACGACGACAUGUUCCGAACGAGGGGCCCCGAUGGCGAACGUCUGUAUCUACCUCACAGCGGCCCUUCCUGAUAGUGGCACCAAAGGUCAUAACCGGCCCUACGUGCACAUCAAGUGAGAACUUUGCGAACAAGGGGUUUCUUGCGAGCUAUGUUUCCC